AGAACAGGUUUUACUUUUAGUAUAAACACAUUCACAAGGCUGUUAACGCCAGGAUUAAAAUAUUGGAAGACUAUCAACCGAGGUGUGUAUUCGUAGGAAGCUUCUCUAGCUUAAACCUCUCUAUUUUCUUCAUAUCAGACAAAGGAUGGCAAACGUCUCACGAUAUCUUGUUAACCACCUGCUGACGUACUCGCUCCAGGACGGGGAUGUGCAGAAUGUGGAGGAAGCCCGGACACGUCUCUCCCUCCUGGCUCAGAACAAAAAGCUGUGGAGUCAACAGAUGUACCUGGAUGUCGGAGAAGAGGCUAUUCAUCUCCGAGACAUUCAGAGCCAGGACGAGCUGGAGAACUACUCAUUCAAAUCCAUCCUACGCUGCGAGGCCAUUAACACAGAAAAACACUUCCCAUCCAUGCUUCUGUUGGUCUGCCAAAGUGCAGACCAGAGCAAGCCAGACAUUCACUUCUUUAACUGCGAGACAGUGAAGGCUGAGAAAAUCUGUGACGACAUUGCACGUGCAGUUUCGGGUUCCUCCACCGGCAGGAGUAAGAAGCUCCCUGAUGCCCUCAGGCUUCCUCAGAGUGGGGGUGAGAUCAUCGACCCUUAUGGGAUCCCAAGCCCCCCCAUCCCACAUGCUCCAAAUCCACCACCACCCAACCCCCCACCUUACCCUGGACACAGAGUAAACGGUGGGCCUGAUAUCUCCUUCCUGCGAGCAGAGAGAGAAGUGGGGAUCCUCAAUCACUGUUUCGAUGAUAUCGAGAACUUCAUGGGCAAGCUGCAGCAGACUGCGGAGGCCGUGACGGUGCUGAACCAGAGGAAGAAGAAAAAGAAGAGAAGUAAAAAGCAAAGUGCUGAAGAUGAUUUACUCACUGCAAAGGCCCGCCCUCCUCCAGAGGAGGAGUUCAUCGAUAUCUUCCAGAAAUUUAAAUAUUGCUUCAGCCUGUUGGCCCGUCUGAAGUCAACCAUCUCCAAUCCUUCAUCAGAGGAGCUUGUUCACCACGUGUUCAAACCGUUGAAUAUGAUGGUGCUAACCACAGGGGGACCAGCUCUCGGAGCCUCGGUGACCAGCCCCGCCCUGACCAGCUCUGCUGUCUACCUGCUAAAAGACAACCUGAGCGAGGAGGAGAGGCAGCUGUGGACGUCUCUGGGUCCCAACUGGACGCUCCCGGGCUCUCAGCUCAGAGGGCCUGUAGUUCCCUACACUCCUGUGUUUUUGGACGGUUGGAAGCCGGAGGCCUCAAGGGCAGACGGGCAGGUUUGGGAGGAUCCAGUCGAGUCACAGCACAAAUAUGAAGCCCUCCAGCAGCAACAGCCUCUUGGUCCUCCAGAUACCCGAGUCGGCGAUGAAACAGACGGCAGCACACUCCCACCAGAAUCUGACAGACUCUACAGCUGCACUUAUGAAUUCAUAGCCAGGAACAGCAGUGAGCUCUCAGUGCAACAAGGGGAGACACUAGAGGUGAUCGAGUCGUCCAAGCGCUGGUGGAAGUGUCGUAAUCGGUUCGACCAGAUCGGAUUUGUUCCCUUUAACAUCCUGGAACCCUUGGCCCACGUAGACAGCCCCGUCACCAACAGACCCCCCAAUGCUCCAGCUCUACCUCCCCUCGCCAAGACUUUCUCUGCAGUCCCACCCAGCUCUACUGCUUCACCCAAUGCCCCCACCCACUCCCCCCAGCGCCCACGCAGCUUACCGCCCUACAAUCAACAUAUACAAGCUGCAGAGGACCCAGAGAAUAAAGUUACGUUGAUGAACGACGAGCUGCUCCAGAGGCUGACCAAUGGAAAGACCAAUCUGAACAAACCUCUGGUGAUCCCUCGCUCCUCAGAGACCUCUGUGCCGCUGGACUACCACUCUCCUCCAGACGAGGUAGCCGAGUGGCUCCGAGGGAAGGGCUUCAGCGAACCGACGGUGAUAUGUUUGGGAGUGCUGACAGGCGCCCAGCUCUUCUCCCUCAACAAGGAGGAGCUACGCGCUGUGAUUCCAGAGGAGGGCGCCAGAGUGUACAGCCAACUCACUGUACAGAGAUCACUGCUGGAGGAUGCCAGAAGGGCCACAGAGCUGGAGGCAGUCAUGGAGAAACAGAAAAUGAAGGUGGAUCUGAAAGUGGAGAGCAGCACAUUGUGAGGAGCAGGCGUCUUCAUCAUGAAGAGCUUCAGAAGGAGGAUUGUGUUAUUCUGGUAGAGCUGUCACUUGAAAGUUAACUCCUGAAUUAUUCAUUCUAUUCACUAGUGAACAGACCUGUGACAGGGUCGAUCAUGUUUGUCACAAUUGAUUCAUCUUAAGACUGAAGUAUUCGGCAGUGAAUCAAAAAAAUUGAAUGGAAGCAUGCGCUGUGCAAAUUAAAUAUUUUCAAAUUGAAGUAAACCAUUUGUAAUGUAUGUUGUUGAUUUGAAUGUAAAGAGUUUUCUUCUGUCUCAUUUCUUCCUAGUCAGUAAGGACUAACUUUAAUGAAGUGUAUUUAUCUUUCUUUGUAGAAUACUUCCCUUAUAAUUCAACCUUGAUUAACAUGCCUUGACAAUAAAGACUUUGGCAAGAAAAGC